CCCACGUGUGCAAGGUGCACAUGUACUUUAAGACACAAGAACUACAGAUACAAAAUCUAACGUUGACUCUAUGACUGGAGAGUAACCCGGGAGAUCGUUGGACUACAAAGAUGGAGGACAUAGACGCCAUGUUCACUGACCUGCUGGGAGAGAUGGACCUCCUAACACAGGGUCUUGGGUAUGAAACGGUUCCCUCAGAAAUGUCAUCCAGCAGUUCACAGAUAGAAAAGAACUUCUCUAUUGGGUUCACAGAUUUGAAAGAAUCUCUAAAUGAGCUAGAGGAUCAUGACCUUGACGCGCUGAUGGCUGAUCUGGGGUCAGAUUUGACGGAGACAGAGGAGACACUGAAUGCAGCCAAGAUGGGACAUGUCCACACACAACAGCACAAGUCUGGCUACUACACCCCGCAACAAAAUGUCCAAGCAUCCAUCCCCUCAUCCCAAAUAUCAUCCUCCUCCUCCUCUCUCCAUCCGGAACCCUCUGAACCACUAGUAGCGGGAGAGGCUGAAGCACAAGUCAAAGCUGACAAAAUCAAGCUGGCUCUGGAGAAGCUAAAAGAAGCCAAAGUUAAGAAGUUGGUGAUCAAGGUGAUGAUGAGCGAUGGCAGCUCCAAGACACUGAUGGUGGACGAGAGACAGACGGUGAGGGACGUGCUGGAUAAUCUGUUUGAGAAGACCCACUGCGACUGCAGCACGGACUGGAGCCUAUGUGAGACCAACCCUGAGCUGCAGGCUGAAAGGGGGUUUGAAGACCAUGAAUAUCUGGUGGAGCCUCUUUCUGCAUGGACACGAGACAGUGAAAACAAAAUCCUUUUCCUUCUGAGACCUAACAAAUAUCUCCUCUUCAAAGACCCCCAGAUAUUCUACCUAUGGAAGAAACAUAAACAGUUUGUGAAUGAGAUAAACGGAUGUCGUAAGGAACUUCUGCUAAAGGAGAAUUUUGAGGGGCCGUCUGUCAUCGUCCCAGACCUGGAGGGGCCGCUGUAUCUGAGGGAGGACGGGAAGAAAUCGUGGAAACGUCGCUACUUCCUGCUCAGAGCUUCUGGGAUAUACUAUGUGCCUAAAGGAAAGACAAAGACAUCCAGGGACCUGGCGUGCUUCAUUCAGUUUGACAAAGUCAACAUCUACACCGCCACUGAUUACAAACAGAAAUACAAAGCACCCACUGACUUCUGCUUCAUCCUCAAGCAUCCUCAGAUCCAGAAGGAGUCCCAGUACAUCAGGUUCCUGUGUUGUGACGAUGAGCUCACUCUCUCCCUCUGGGUCAACUCCAUCAGAGUAGCCAAGUAUGGUGCCACCCUGUACCACAACUAUCAGACGGCAGUGAGGAGAGCCUUAAUCACCACCUCCACUCUGCAUGUGACCAGUCUGCCUGUCUCCAGCCCUCCCACACGUUCUACUGGGCACAUAGCAACAGUGAGGGCCAAUGAACACCCUGAUCAGGACUACCUCUCUGAACCACCCCCAGACUUUAUUCCCCCACCCCCUCCUGGGUGGGGCUCUGGGGUCUAGGGAUGGAGCUCCGCCCCCUCCUGGGUGGGGCUCUGGGGUCUAGGGAUGGAUCUCCGCCCACUCACCCAUGACUACUGUAGAGGACGUUCUCAACCUACCUAUCUACAGACAGGCCCAGUGUUCUCAACCUACCUACCUACAGACAGGCCCAGUGUUCAUGGACCAGAGCGAUGCUUGCAAAAAUAGCACCUUGGGAGGUGACAGGCCCUGCUCCAAUACUUCAACAUGCAUUCUUCCUUUCUUCCCUCCUUCUUUAAGUAACUGAUCUGACAAGAUAUGAUUGGACAACGCAAUACAGUGAAGACAUUUCCAAACCAGUGCCUGAUGGGAAAGGGGGGUACCUAGUCAGUUGCACAACUGAAUGCAUUCAACCGAAAUGUGUCUUCCGCAUUUAACCCAACCCCACGAUGCAUGUUCUUGGGUUAUUUAUGUAUUGAAUUUGAUUAUUUAUGUAAUAAGUCAGAAUUAAUAAAACCUAAGUUAACCACAGUAAAGCUAUGUUGUAAUUGCAACCUGAUGAAGAUGUACAGCGUGUUGGUAUGAAGCUUUAUCAACACGGAAAUAAUUGGCUAAGCCAGAUCAAUUCCUAUAGUAUAACAUGUUGACAGGCAGAUUAACAUCUCUUUGGCAUUGUGCUUCAUGUCUACCAUACAAACUCCUGUUACUAUCUGUUAGUUGACAAUUCACUUUACUGUUGGUCAUUGACCUUACUUCAAUGAAAAACUGUGAUGUAGAGUUGCUGUGGAUAGUGUGUUACAAUGAAGUGGCUAAAGUCGUGUGUGUGUCUGUGUGUGUAUAUUAAUGAGUAGUAUUAUUGGGUGUUAAAUUGUUUGGCAAAACGCCAUAGAAACGAAUUGGAUUUCCAAUGCUCUUAAUAAUAGACUCCAUUUAGCUGACACUUUUAUCCAAAGUGACUUACAGUCAUGCAUGCAUACAUUUUAAUGUACGAGUGGUACCGGGAAUCAAACCCACUAUCUUGGUAUUGCAAGCGCCAUACUCUACCACUCUUCUUU